AUGCUACGGGCGGAGAGCCCCACAGACUUGGCCGUGCUCCUGUUGCACCACGUGGCCAAGGAGGAGUUCAUCGCGAUUGGACUUCAACCUGCCAACCAGUGCGCAAAGAAGAGGGCAGUACGCUGUUUCGGGAAAGGGCAGCUGGCGAAGGACUGCUCCAGGCGGACCAGCGCUCGCCUCGGCCAGGCCCUCGGCGGCCAGGACCUGAACGACCACGGCGCGGCGGCGGUGCUGGUGAUCGCCGUGGUUCUGUCUCUCCUGCUGGGGUCCGCCGCCGGAUCCCUCCGCGGCAAGAAGUCGAGCAAGAAGCAGGAGGAAAAGGAGGGCGGCCGCGUUGCUGCUGAUUCUGCUACUGCAAGCGAGCCCGGCAUCACCCCCGGGGUACAGGAGACCGCCGUCGCCGGCAGCACGGCUGGUACUUCUGACGGUGAUUAUGAGGAUGCCGAUCCCGCUCUUUCUGCCGGAGGGGCUCCUUCGCCUGCCGCCGCUCCUGCAGCUGCCGUGGUGACCACCUCAACCGCUACUGGUGGCGCGGGGUCUUCUCCCUCCUCGCCUGUGGAUCCACCUGCUCCCGCCGCCAGCAACCCCGUUGAACUGCAGCCCAGCCUCGACCAGCCUGUUGACGAAGCGCCAUCACCAGCAACAGAAGCCCUCCCCGACGCCCAAGCCUCCAGUGGGCCAGACUCGCUGCUUGGGUCGGAGGUGGUCGCCGCUGACCCAGAAACGGCGGCCUCGUGCGGUGAUGACUCUGCUCCGCGGGGGGGGGUGCCUACCUCCGACGAGGACGUGGCGGCGGCCAUGGCCGACGCCGACAAGGCGCUGUCCAGCGCCGCCGUGAUCAUGGAGCAGAGCGCCAACGCCGCGGCCGCCGCUACCGCCGCUGUGGGCACCCCGUUCGCCAGCGGCGGCCCUGAUGGAGGAGGGAGCGUGGCUGCGUUGCGUGGGCCGGACGCGGGCUUGGAGAAGAAGGAUGCUGCUGCUGCUGGUGUUCCUGAUAGUGGGAAGGAUGCCGCUACUGCUGCUGCUGAUAGUGACACCCCAGGCCCUUCGCACGAGCAGCUGCGGACCGUGGGUCGUGUGGAGAACGGAAAGGAGGAGCCCGUGGUGGCCACCGACGCCGCUACCACCGUGGACAAGAAGGGCAAGGGGAAGGCACCCUCCACUGGAGAGGAGCCAAGCGGAGGGGCGAGCGGCGAGGAGGGGUCGCUGCUGACGGUCACGGUGCCGGUGAUUACGGCAACGCCGACGCCUUCGACGCCCGUGCCGCCGGAAACGGAGACUGCCGUUCCUUCGGGCGAUGUCGCCGAGACCACCCCUGCAGCGGCGGCGACGGCGGAUACCGCCGAGGAGAAGCCGAGCGAAGCGGCCAACGGCGAGACGGCGUCGCUCUCGACGGACACCGCGGUGCCCGUGGCGAUUCCGGCGACGCCGACUCCGUCCACCCCCGUGCCGGCGGAAGAGGAUGCGGCAGCCGAUGUCGCCGCCGAGACCACCCCUGGCGCGGCGGUGGUGGCAGCGGUAGCGUCAGCAGAAGGCGCAGAGGCGGACUGCGACAAACAGGACGUCGACGCGGAGGCGGCGGUAACAGAGGAGGUUGUUGCCGUGCCAGAAGAGGCAGUGUCCGAGCCGGUCCUCGAAACCGCUCCGUCCUCGACGGCAGCACCCGACUCCGACGUGCAGGCCGCCACCGCUGCUUCUCCGACCGUGCCGGAGUCUAGCCCACCUUCCAUGCCGACGGAACCGGAAUCGUUGGAGACAGCGGUGGAGAGGGACGCAACUGUGGCCGAGACGGAAGCGGCGGCGGCGGUGGUGGAAACGGAGAUCGGGGCGUCAUCUAAGACCGAAACACAGAUCUCUGCGGGCGUUGCUGCGGAAGUCCUCCCUGCUGCUGCGGGGGGUUCGACGGCGGCGAGCCUGCUGGAGUUGGAGGAAAAGGACGAAGAGAAGGACGGGGACGAGGAGGAGGAGGAGGAGGAGGAGGAGGAGGAGGACAUGAGCGUUGUGCAGCUGUACGUCGAGAAGCAACAAGACGAGCGUGACUUUGGUGCGAGGGACAUGAAGCAGGAGGAAGAGGAGCCAGGGUUUUCGACCAGCGGAGGCGUCGUCCCCCCCCUGGAAGUCUUCCCCGGAUCCACGUCGUCGGGCCCGGCGUCCGCCGAACACAGGACGGGUUCCCUGGACGUCUCUCCCGCAAGAUCCACCACGAAGCUUAACAAGCACCUGUCGGCCUCGAGCUUCUUCCGACGAAGGAGCAACUCCAAGGCCACGAGCGCCGAAGCUGCUGCUGCUGCUGCUGCCGGCGGCGAAGAAUCCGAGGAUGCCCACGGGAAGACCAAGAAGCUCAAGGACAUGAUGCGCAUGAAGAGCUUCCGGCGCAGCUCGAGGGGAAAGUCUUCGUCCAACAGCCCCAACAAACCCAAGUGACCAACAAAGAGGGGAAACGUAAAAUCAGGUUCUACUUGCCAAGAAAUGGCCGAUUCCAGACCUCGGGGGUGACUCUGGUCCACGAGUCGGCGUGCAGUCGAGAAUCCUGCGCUAUGGUCACGCUGUGAUUUUUUUGGAGUGUUUUGGAUUCGUUUUCAUGUGUAUCCAUCCCGCCGUUGAAAACGAGGCGGUGAUGAACUCUACGCUAUCGUCAAGAGGGGCCGGGGAGGCGGGGCACUACAAGAUCAUGGUCGCCUCUUUAUCUAAGAAUGUAUUCUAGAUAGAAGCCCUCAUGUCAGUGCAACGCCGCGAAGGGGGACUUGGGGGAAGUGUGCGGCGCAAGACGGACGUAAGGUCUGUCGUGCUGCGGUGGAGUAUGCAUACCUGAUCUUUGAGUCGGGCCGACUUUUGUGCAAACUGGGCAGUUGGGGGCAAUUGGGAAUAUCUAACUUGAUUAAGAAUUGUUUUGUUGUGGUUGAAAUUCACGUGGAAAACCGUGUUUGUUCUGCGCGCGUGGUUCGGGGGGGGGGGGGGAGGGAUGCACGCGCCGGACGUUCUUCUUGCGAUUUGGGCGGGACGGGUGGGUCGCAGCUGUGUCUCAGCUGGAGUAGUCUGACGGUACUUGUUGCACCACGCCCGAUGUCAGUAUGUCAAUUGCUUGUUCCAAGUAGUGUCAGCUCGACUGCUCUGCUGUCUGGCUUGAUGGCUACAUGGACCAGCGAUUUUCAUGGUAUUGUCGUUCUUUUCUCAUCCUUGAGAGAGAGCUUUUGGUUCUCUUGUUUUUUGCCGCCCCCUUUUCGGUUGUAAUUUACCUGCUCUACCCGUUGUUGGUGUUGUCGGUUUUUAAGGUGAAUUUGAAUUUGGCUACGUGUUUCCCUGCGUAUCGAUCGUCCAUGUAUUGUUCUCAGGGGGUAGCUGGGCGGUGCCAUACCGCGCGGCGUGUGCAUAGAAGCAGUGGACAAGAGCCUACCCCCUGCGAAUUCCCGCAACCAACCUUAACCUUGUACGUAAGGAUAGCGUAUGUAUGUUGUCGCGCGAUUCGUUCUUUGUUGCACGUUCUUGGUGUUGUUGUUGGUGUUGAUGAGUUUGCCUACACAUAUCGCCAGCGGUAGUAGUUUGUUGGGCGUUUUUCGCGUUUGUUUUGUUCCUAUUUCUCGUUGCGAGGUUGCUCUGUCCUCCAAUACUCAAGACGAGUGUUGUGUUGUCUUGAAAGUAGUACGAUCGCUCGCGCGUUAAAUACGGGCUAAGUUAAAGUUUUCUAAAGUUGGUUUUACGAUGGGGUUUUGAGUGUAGCCGCGGGCAGGGUGUCUUUGGCUUCGCUAGAAAAAAGAAGGUGGGUGCCUAGCAUUCAUUCGCCGCUGAUGGGUGGAUAUUGGCCGGCGGAGUGUAAAUGGAAACGCCUUGCUUAUCCUUCCGCGCUUCUUUGUUUCAUGGAUGGCUCAUCGACGGCAAUAGAGUAGCGUAGGCUGCACCGAAGUACAACCCCCAGCUUUUCGUUCUGUGCCACACCCAUUGUACGUGGCCAACAAGCAGGGUGUUUAUUGUUGCAGCCCAGAAUUUGGGCGAAGGUGUAGGAGUAGGCAGAGACAGGUUGAUGGCCUCGUCUUCUGUUUUUUUUCGGGUUUGGCAACGGCAAGAUGUACACGGUGGUACGUUGUACGCAUUCAGAGUUCUCUUUUCAAUGCGGGCAAGGACUACAGAGUGUUCUUCUACCCGGAAGGCCUCGUCCUGUGGUGUGUGUGUGGUGCAGAAAAGGGACCGACGCUUGGCCAACGAAAUGCGUUGGGGGGGUUGACGGACAAGGACCGGACACAAAACGCCGGGCGUGCUUGCAUGCGUGUGUGGUCGCGUUUGUUCCGGUGUUUGUUUAAACUGCUGUUCGAAUCG